AUGCGGUGGACCGAUACCAAGGCCCCGUGGUCUGAUUUUGACCCGCCUUCCAUCUUGGACCCAUUUCCUUUCGAGUUGAGCUGCGAGCAGGCUAAUGUAUCAGACCUCGACAUGCCUUCGAUACCCUCUUGCGACCCCGUCCUUGACACCUUCGGUUCUCCGUCAUCAGAUCCGACCAAGGAAGAGCAAGCGAUAAGAUACUUUGUACACCGUAUUAUCCAACACAGAUGUCCCACCUGCCGACGGGAAACUAUGACGGAUGACAGCAGAGUCCUCUUCGCCUACACCCAACGUAUGAUGCACCAAACCGUCAUGGCUGCCGCGUCUCAAGAAACCCACGUAUGGUGCUGCAACGGAGGCCGUCUUUUCUUUAUCUUCGCACUGCUCUGCGGUCCGUAUCCGCAUCCUGGAGACAAAUCCGCGUCCGUCUACCAAGAUACCCAGGUGAAGACAAGGUCAUCUCACGCUGGCCCGAAGACGAGAGUCAGCACCACACCCGGUGCUGGAACAGGCUAUGGUGGCUCUGAUAGUGAUGCUUCAUUCAAGAGAUCCAAUCAGAACUCGCUCAAGGACAUUUCUCGAAGCCUUGAUGUACUCCCUGAGGUGCUCAACGCGCUAGCAAAGGCGUGGCCAUCGACGUCUAUAAAUAACAGCGCCUUUGACAAGAAACCUCCGCGUCUUCUCGCCGCCAUGACGCGACGAAGCCCUCUUAUUAUCAAAAUUGCCGAGCUCAUGCAAGACGACUGCAUCGAAGAGAUUAUGCGUCGACCCAAGCUGUACAAUUCAUUGUUCAACUUGCUUCUAGUCUGGAAUCAACACCACGUCUCACGCGCGCUUGUCACUAGGCCCCGGCCAGAACACCCUUUGCAACAGACGCUUCUGCGCAUUGUAUCCAGAAACAAUGAUUACUCGCUGCAUUCCUGUCCAAGGAUUCUCAACGCAAAGUACGAGGAAAAGCACAACGGGUCGCAGAAACUCAACAUGCUGCCACCACUCGUUAGCCUGUUCCCUGGCCUAGCCGUCCCGGUUCGCUUUGCCUUAAAGCACCACGAGGAUAGCGAUGAGCACGCUAAGCAGGUACGCGGUGUGUAUGAUCGCAUCUGCAAAUUCGCCGCACAGUGUGAAGCUCACCAGAAGGCCCAUCUCUCCGUUGACGGUGCCACCGCCGCAGGAAGAGAAGAUACGCCCAUCGCCGGAACUCACAGUGCUGGACAGCAACGUGUAGACGAGCUCAGACAAAGGCUUUCUGAGAUCAAUGUUGUUGAGAUUGACGAAAAGGCGUGGCACCGAGAAUACCACUUUGCCAAUGACCUGAGGAGGACCGAGAAGCACACCUCUCCGCCAGGUCGCAUGAAGCGCCUCGUGUGGGAACUCUCGAUCCUCCGAACGUCAAUCCCCGACGGCAUCUUUGUCCGGCACCAUAGCGACCGGCUCGAUGCCAUGACUUUCUUGAUUGUCGGACCUGCCGGGACACCGUAUGAGAAUGGACUCUUCGAGUUCGAUCUCUUUUGCCCCAUGAACUACCCCCAGAGCCCGCCCCAAGUGUCCUUCAGGACUUCUCCGCCCGACCGAAAAUUCAACCCUAACCUUUACACUAACGGUUUCGGUGAGCUUUUCCUCCAUCUGUAUCUACUUAAGAAGGUCUCUGCUGACCCCUUUGACGCAGUCUGCUUAUCCCUUCUCGGCACUUGGGAAGGGCCCGGCUGGGACCCCGAGAACUCAACCCUCCUACAACUCCUCGUCUCCCUGCAGGCGAUGGUCUUCACCGAGUCGCCGCUGUGGAACGAGCCAGACAUCGAAAACGACCUGGAGCCGCUGCACUCGUGGGUAUACAACGUCGAAGUCCGCGCCGACACGACGCGAUACGCGCUGGCCGAGUGGCUGAGGAAGCUCAACGGCGGCGAGCUUGAGUCCAGCCCGUGGCGCGAGGUCGUCGCGGCGCACUUUGAGCUGCGGUGGGAGGAGAUUCUGGAGGUUGUGGAGCGUUGGGAGGCGGACCAACCUGGGGACGAGGUUCGUCUUCCGAAUCAGCGGGAGAAAGGCCAGGAAGGCCUGAAGAUGGCUGCGGACACGACUCACUGUGCUCCCGCGCGGUUCAAGGAGGGCAUUCGGAUGUUGGAGGAGGGGUGUAGACGCUGGAGUGAACGGCCACGGGUUCGUCUGCCGGUCGUUGCUCCGGAUCAGCAUCGGAGCACAUGA